AUGAGGAGUGGUCGAGGAGCUGUAGAGGUCGAGCCGGUAGUCGAUGAGGACCCGGAGGUCGACGAGGAGAAUGAGAUGGAGACACCAGCUGGCAAAGUGCACCCUAGGCUGCGCCCAGCAAGUACAGCACAGUCCAGCGGGUCUCCCGCAGAGAAGAAGGAGCCAGAGAAGGAGCCGAUGAGGGUGUAUAAGCCGACACCCCCUUACCCUGGUAGGUUAAUGAAGGGAAAGGACGUGGAGAAGUAUGGUCAUUUCAUGGAGAUGUUGAAGAAGCUACAUGUGAACAUCCCGUUCGUCGAGGCUUUGGCGAAGAUGCCAAAGUAUGCGAAGUUUUUGAAGGAUCUUCUUACGAAUAAGAAGAAAUUAGAGGAUCUGUCGACUGUCACCUUGAGCGAGGAGUGUUCUGCCGUCUUGCAGAAUAAGCUGCCAAAGAAAGUGUCUGAUCCUGGUAGCUUUACUAUCCCAUGUCUGAUUGGGAAUCUUACUGUCAGCAAUGCGCUUGCUGACCUAGGUGCUAGCAUAAACCUCAUGCCCUAUUCCAUAUUCGCUAAGCUUGACCUAGGAGAGCCUUCCCCUACGCGCAUGAGUAUUCAGCUCGCCGAUCGAUCGGUGAAGUAUCCUAGGGGCAUCGUGGAGAACAUGUUGGUGAAAGUCGACAAGUUCGUAUUUCCCGUGGACUUUGUCAUUCUCGACAUGGAUGAGGACUCUGAGGUCCUGUUGAUCUUAGGUCGUCCAUUCCUUGCCACUGCACGAGCAGUCAUUGACGUAUAUGAUGGCAAGUUGACUCUUCGUGUCAAUAAAGAUGAGGUCACUUUUGAUAUCCAACAUUCUAUGAGGCACACCCGUCAGCAUGAUGACACUCUCUACUUUAUUGAUACUCUCAUGUCACAUGUGGGUGGCCUUCUCAGCGAGAUUUGUGGGAAAGAUGUGUCUGAUACGUAG